AUGCUUCUUGCGGCUGAUCGAGAUGCCCAAACCCUCCGUCUCGUCGCCUCCGGCCAGUGCAUCCCAGGCAAUAAUCGCAUGAUACGACCCUUCCAUGCGACGAUGGAGUCGCAUCCUCCCUCGUCGUCUUCUGCUGCUGCUGCCCAUCUUAGCGUCUCCAGCUGGCACAAGGCCUGGGAACCAACCCGCUGCUGGGCGCGAAGGAAGCCCACAGCCCAAUCGGACCAGCGACCAAGCGACUCUCUCUCUCCCACUCCCUCUCUCUCUUUCUCUCUCUAUCUCUCUCUCUCUAUCUUCUUUACUCUCUCUAUCUCACUCUCUCCGUCUUCUUCGUCUUCUCCUCUACUAUCCUACUAUCUUCUAUCAACUCUCUGUAAUCUACUCUGUAAUCUUCUGUCUGUUAUUUACGUAUCGUCUCGUCACAAACAAGGAAAAAGAAGGAAAGAGCGAACCUCAUCAAAGUUUAUGCAAGGAGGGUCCCUUCCUGCUAAGGUAGCCCCACUUUAUGCCAGGGACCAGGGCCCUUCCUCCUCCUCUGAUUGGCUGUUCUGCCUCUUUCUUCUUCGACUUUAUAAAAACUACGCCGGCGUCCUCGCUCUCUCGCUCGCUUUUUCUCCUUCUCCUUCUCCUUCUCUCUUUUCUCUCUUCUCUCUCUUUCUCUCUUCUCUUUCUCUUCUUCAAGUCAGCCAACUCAAUCUAUACUCUGAUACCAACAACAACAACUACAACUACAACAUCACCACCAAAAAACAAGACAAGAUGAAGGUCACUCUCGUCGUUGCUGCCCUCGCGGCCGCCGUCUCUGCCGUCACUCCUCCAAACUACUCCCAGCCUCCCUCCGGCAACCCCAUCGGCACCCCAGGCCUCCACGAGAAGGUCCCUGUCGGCCAGCCCUACACCAUCACCUGGCAGGCAACCACCGAGAGCCAUGUCUCCAUCAUGCUCCUCCACGGCUGCCCCAAGAACUGCAACCCAGUUCAAACUCUUGCUGAGAACAUCCCGAACUCCGGCAGCCUCUCUUGGACUCCCAAGUCCGACCUCACCGGUGACGACUCCUACGGCCUCAUGAUCGUCGUCGAGGGCACCGGCCAGUACCAGUACAGCACCAACUUCGGCAUCGAGAACCACAGCCCCAAGCCACAGCCACCAAAGUCCACCACGCCAGUCGAGAAGCCUACCUGGACUCCCCAGCCCUCCAAGCCAGUCACCCACAUCGUCGAGACUUCCUCCAGCACUCCCGUCCCCUCCGGCGGCGUCAUCACUCUCACCACCUCCAUCUGCCCGCCAUCUGCUACCACUUCCACUGUCCCCGGCGUGCCCCAGCCAACUGGCAGCGCGCCAGUACCCGGCACUCCUCACCCAACCGGCGGCAACCCUGGACCAGCUCCAGCUCCAUCUGGCUCCGGUGCUCCCGUGCCACCACCAGCCUCGACCAACACCCCUCCACCAUUCAACAACGGUGCCGGCCGCGUUGGCGCUGGUUUCGGUGCCGCUCUCCUCGUUGUCGCCGCUGCUUUUGCCAUGUAA